AUGAGUGAUACUCAACAAUUGCGGGCCCGUCGGCGGUAUCGCGCUUUACUCCGAGAGGCGCAGAACUUGGAGCUGCAAGGCCGGACAGAUGAGAAGCUUACCGUUGAACUUCAGCGGCUAGAGCAAGAGUUCCCAAUGCUGAGGGAAAGAGUAGGGCCGGCGGAAGAUGGGUCGAAGACGGAGAAUGAUGCGCCGCAAACAGAGGACGUAUCCAAACAGCUACCUGUUGCUGCGGCGCCUUCAAGUGGUGCACCUUCGGGUACAGAGUCAUUGGCCAAGCAAUGUGCUGAGCAGUCUGCGGCCCCACCUCCAUAUCGUUCUGCACUCCCAACAAGACAUACAAACGGUGAUUAUGGAACCAAAAAACGGAAUAAUGAUCCGUCUACUGUUGGCUGCACUGGUUUUUUCUGCUGCGCUCUCAGUUUGUGGGGAGAGGCUCAUUUACCUACAUCAUUCGGCGUUUUCUCGUACGCAAAGAUUAUGUUUUUCUCUAUUCUGGCCGCCAUCCUCCACCGCUACGUCGUUGAUCCAUCCUCGACAGUGGGAAAAGCUAUCUCACCUGUUCUAAUUGGACUUUUGGUUCAUGCCCAAGGCCUCAUUGCGCUUCAGAGGAAGCGACCUGGGAGAAUAUCAAUGACGAUGCUGAUAGUCUACUUCAUUUUUGACGUGCUUCCAUCGAUAGUGCUUGUAUUCGUAGUGUAUGUCCUGACAACGAUUGGUCUGGAGAUGUUGAAGUAA